AUGCCUUUCAUCCUCGAGCUCCCGGACCAGUACGGUCUCGUUCUCGCCGCCGCGACCGCCACCUUCUUCAUCAACACCAUCCACGUCACCCGCACCAGCAAGUUCCGCAAGGCCAGCGGCGUCAAGUAUCCCAACGCCUACGCCUCCGCCGAGCAGGCCGACAAGGACCCCAACGCCUAUCGCUUCAACUGCGCUCAGCGCGCCCAUGCCAACUUUACCGAGAACCAGACCUCCUUCCUCGGCGCCCUGCUCGUCGCCGGCCUCCGCUACCCUUUCCCUGCUGCCGUCCUUGGAGCCGGCUGGGGCCUGUCGAGAGUUCUCUACCUGUUCGGCUACACCAGCUCUGCUGGUCCCAAGGGCCGCGAAAUCGGUGCUGUAGGCUCGUUCCUGUGCGACACUUUGCUCAAGCUCACCGCGGCCUACACCUCGGCCAUGUUCGUUAUGAGCGGCAAUUAG